UGGCGUUCUUUGAGGCUUGCCACAGCGUGGUUCCUCCUCAUCCACAAUCUCAACAUUCACGGCGGGACCGCUUUCCUUUGCAAAUGUCCUUUGGAAGCUAAAGAGGAUUCAACUUUUGUCUGCUUGGUGACGUUUUUGCGAACAUGAGCGGCUCAGACUCUACAGCGCAACCGGGCGCAGGUUGGGAUGAAGCGCAUUGCAUGGCGGCACUUGCGCAGCUCGAGCAGCUACAGUCUCAAAUUGAUGACUUACGCCUCGCAAUACCCAGAAUAAUAGAACCUUUCCAUCGACCAGCGAAUCCGUCGACGUUCAAGCUGUAUUCGCAGGGCGUUAUUGGCUCUCAAAACGGUAUAAAGGCACUGAACGAAGCAUGGCGGGCACCAGAAGUACAAGAAACGCUUGCGCAUACCAAGAAGAGCUUCGAGGCGAACCAAGAUCUAGCUGCAUGCGUAUCAGUCCCCUCUCACGGCUGGAUAGAGAGAGCGCGUCGCGAGCGGGAGUCGCACAAGAGCCCUGGAGAGAACACAGCUGUUGAAGAUCAUAGCAACAGGUUGGACGAUGAGACGAUAUCGCGUAUCAUAGCAGAUAUCCAAGGAACACAGCCCAACGUUAAGCUGCAAGCCCAUGACGGUAACCGCUGCAUAACCGUACGAUUUCUGGCGAAGCUUGACCUGCAAAUACUGAGCUAUCGAGUAGACACAGUUUGUCGCAAACUCCAUGAGACUCUCUUUCAAAGUUAACAUCGAUCGCGAAAAUGAGACACGGCCCAAACUCUCAGCGGAUUGCUUAGGGACUUCAGAGCCCUCCCUCUCUAUAGCACGGUGUAUAUCAUCACGACCCAACCCUCACGAUCUGGCACACCUUCUGGUAA